AUGUUGACGCGGGACAAUGGAAACCCCUUGUGCUGUCAGAGUGGAAGAGAAUAUGUGGCCAUGAAGGAGUGUCUUCUUGGGAGUCGGGCAGUGAAACCCCGGGAAAGGAUCCCGUUGUCCACCCGGUGUCGGGCGGCGAAAGCCUGGGAGAGGUUCCCAUUGUCCACCUGCCAGUCCCGGGGCUGCGCUGCCCAAGUCUCCCCCACAACCCCCAGGGACUCGCUGAUUCUCUGCUUCUCCCCCCCAGUGUCCGUGACCCUGGAUGUGGAAACGGCACAUCCAGAGAUCGAGGUGUCUGAGGAUCUGAAGGGGGUGAGACGGGCCUGGACCCCAAGGGAUCUUCCCGACACUGGGAAGAGGUUCACAUCCUGGAAAUGUGCGCUGGGAUCGAAGGGAUUCACAUCGGGGAGACAUUACUGGGAGGUGGAGGUGGCGGGGAAUCGGGAAUGGGGUCUGGGGGUCGCCGCAGAGUCUGUGGAGAGGAAGAGAGGGGUCGAACUGAGGCCGGAGAACGGAUUCUGGACCAUCGAGCGGUGGUGGUGGUGGCCUUGGGGGUACGUCGAGUUUUAUGCGAACACCUCCCCUCGAUCCCCUCUCCCUGCCGAUCCCAUCCCCGGGAGGGUGGGAGUUUGUCUCAGUUACGAGUCUGGGACAGUUUCAUUUUACAGCGCAGACAGCAAGUCCCAUCUCCACACCUUCACUGGGAAUAAAUUCACCGAGAAACUUUAUCCUUUCUUCUGGACUUGGAAUGAAAACCAGUGGCUGAGAAUCUGCUCCAGAUCUGUGAACGAGUUGGGUCCCGGGACCGGCGUCAGGAGUGGGGUCAAGGUCUGGGGCAGAGACCCCGUGGAUGGCAGGUUGGUGCUGAACGGGUCUCAUUUAAUCGCCAGAUGCUGCUUUGUAAAAACUCAAUGAGCCCGGAAAUAAAAC